AUGCUAAUAGUUCAAGUCACUUAAAAUUGUGAGGAAAACAUAUUUCCUCAUUUUCUAGGAAAGAAAGCCAAGAAAAUCCGUCUCACUGCCUCAAGAAAGCAAGACCUCAAUUGUGGUUCAGCAAGCCAGUGUACAGACUACAUCUCCAGAUGUGGAAUAUUCAUUAGAACAACGGCGGGUCGAAAAUAUGCGACUUCUAGAAGUAGCUACAACACUCACUCCUGAUCAACUGAGAGAAUUUGAAAUGAAGUAUGGAUCACCUCAUCAUAGCAGGUCCCAGAGCGUCAAGCCACGUUCUAGGCCUAACUCACUUACAUUGCCUCCGGCCAGAACCAGGGUUGCGUCUAUGCCUAAUACAGGAGCUGAAGAACAUUACUAUCGCCUAAGGCACUUCUCCAUUACCGGAAAAGGGGUCAUCAACAGGGGAGACUAUCUCAAGUCCAAAUUAGAGAAAAGUCAAGGAAGCGUAUCAAGCAAUUCAGCCAGUACUGAUCAGCUAGGGCCACCGUCAAGACAAUCUUCCUGUGUGUCUUGCCCUGGCUCUCACAAUUACAGCUACAGGGUUGUUAUGCUGGGAGCUUCUGCAGUUGGGAAAACAUCACUCAUUAGUCAGUUCAUGACUUCAGAAUAUCUAGCGCCGUAUGAUACAUCAAUUGACGAUGAUUUUGCAGAAAAAAGUGUGAGUGUACUUUUAGAUGGUGAAGAAAGUGAGCUAAUUUUCAUCGAUCAUCCGUCCAGUCAACUGACUCCGGACAGUUGGAUGGAGUCUAGCGCAAGUGCUUAUUGCGUUGUAUAUUCGGCUUCUGAUGCACUUUCUUUUAAUGUGGCAAACGAAUGCUUGGCCGCUUUGUGGGCAGCUGACAUCACAAGGAAGAAAGCAGUCAUCCUCGUCUCUAACAAGUCCGAUUUGGUCAGGUCAAAGAUCAUCUCAACUCAAGAAGGAAAAGAUACAGCUCGGCGCUAUGAUUCCAAGUUUAUUGAAACAUCAGUUGGUCUCAACCAUCGAGUCGAUGAACUACUUGUUGGAGUUCUGACACAGAUACGCCUCAAAGACGCUGAAAGAAAGAAGCCGCAAGAGGAACAAAAAACUGGUCUAUUUCCUAAAUCCAGGGGUAAAGGAACCUCUGCUAGCUUAAAGGUAAAGGGCCUCCUUUCCAAAGUUUGGGCCCGUGAUUCCAAAUCCAAGUCUUGUGAGAACCUUCAUGUUUUAUAGGAGUUAGUUCGUAGAACCGCAAGGGGGUCUAUACAGCUUCUUUCUAUGAACUUUUCUGAAACAAGCUAAUUUUGAGCUGGAAUCGUCUCUAGCCUCUACUUAGUAUACACACUAAGUUAUAUAACAUAUAUUAGUAUAUGAGCACUUUAUACUAAUGUAUCAUGGACAUUCUUGCGGUUCUCGUAUUCUAAUGAACUUUCUUUCUCGUGGAAAAUGAAUGAAACAAGCAUCAACCGAUUUUCAGGACUCGGUUAGCAUCAGAUUGUUAUAUUUGAAAUUCUGUAAUCUGUUAUUUUCGUCUAUUUUCUUGCUAUAAACUUUGGAAGCGUUGGGACGGAAGUGGAAAUAAUAAGUGCUGGCUUAUCUUACCUGUCUUAGUUGCGAAACAAACCUGAA